AUGCGGAAACUGAACAACCCCCAUGUGGUCCAGAGAAGAGCAGCUCUGAUAGUGUCCCCCUGGCAGCUUCCAGCCACACGGCCUCUUUGCUGCAUGGGGAAGACAGAGCAGUCGCACCCAGAGCAGCCCCAAAGCCUGGAGGCCUGUCCUCUGCACCCCCAGGGAGGCCUGUCGAGGAAGCCCUGUGAGAACCAGGGGAGCCUUCUCCACUUCGACCGGCAGGCCCCAGGCCGGAUUUCCACCUCGCCCACCUUGAGGAGAUUAAGGGGCAAUGGCUGUGGGACCAGGCACUCCCUGCCUCAGCAGGAGACCUUGGAAGAGCCCACCUGGGGCGGCCGGAAGGAGCCUGCAGGCUCCCCGUGUUACCUUUCCCAGAGUCUACCUGCAAGCCCCCAAAAUUCUUCCCACUCUUUAUCAACCUUGAGACUUGGCUCAAGAUUGCCUCCAGACCCCAAAAGGAUCCUCACCACAGCUGACUCGUCUGAGCCCCAAACAAGGCCCACAGAUGAGGCUGCCUUUCCAGUGCUUCGGCCUGUCCACGAGGGGUCCCUUCCCCCCUCCUCUCUUCCAGGGAGAGGAAGCCGCUCGCCCCGCCCUGCUGCACGGCCCCCAGGGCCUCAGGUAACAGCUCUAAGCCCCCUGCCUCUCAGCCCCUGGGCCGCAGAGCAACAUAGGCCUCCGUGUUUCCACAUUUCCCCAAAGGCCAGGGGCCCUGGGAUGGGAGACAGCACAGGAGUCACCGCUGAGGGGACACACACUCUUUUGGACAAGCUGCCUCUCAAGUAA